UGUAGUCCUGUGUGCAGAAACUCUUUGUAGACGUCAAAAAAACCUGCGAAAAUGAGGGCAGUAUUAAUCCAAACAUCGUCUUUUCUUUCUCUUUUGAACUUUUGCAUUAAGAUCCUGACUUUAGCCAUCAUCGCGAUUGUUGGGGUUACCACUGCCUCGAUUGUUCAUGGAAAUAUCACAGACAGGCUCGCGUUGCUCGCAAUCAAGGCUCAAAUUACCGAAGAUCCUCUUGGGAUCACAAGCUCAUGGAACGAUUCUCUCCAUUUCUGCCAGUGGCAUGGUGUUUCAUGUGGUCACAAGCACCAAAGAGUCACCCAAGUGAAUUUACGGUCGCUUAGUUUGAAAGGUUCCAUAUCUCUCUCCGUUGGGAACCUCAGUUUUCUUCGAACACUCGAUGUCUCAAACAAUAGUUUCCAUGGAGAACUACCAAAUGAGAUUGGUCGCUUGCUGAGGUUGCAACAGCUGGUUUUGGCAAACAAUUCCUUCGGAGGACGAAUACCAACUAGUUUAUCAAACUGCUCUAAGUUGAUAAGCAUCGAUUUUGGAUACAACGCGUUCACCGGUAACAUCCCUUCUGAGAUUGGCUUUCUCCCAACGCUGGAGCAACUAAUUCUCGUGAGAAACAGUUUGGAAGGAAGUAUUCCACCUCAUCUAGGGAAUAUCUCAUCCCUCAAAGAACUUAUUGUGUCAGCAAAUAAGUUGAAGGGAAACGUUCCAGCAUCACUAGGCCAAUUGAAGAGCUUGAUUUCUUUUCGCGUGUCUCUCAAUAUGUUAUCAGGUACAAUCCCUGAAGCUGUCUUUAACUUGUCGAGCCUUGUUGCUUUUUCUGUUUGUGGGAAUCAGCUUCAAGGUAGCUUUCCUCGUAACAUUGGGCUUACCCUUCCAAAUAUCGAAACAUUUUUUGCAUGGGGAAACCAAUUUAGUGGAACCAUUCCAGUCUCUUUUUCAAAUGCUUCAAACCUUGUUUACUUUGAAAUUGAGGAGAAUAACUUCUUUGGACGGAUUCCUACUAUUUUUGGAAACUUAAAGAAACUUGAGCGGGUAGUUAUUGGGGCUUCUAAUCUUGGGUAUGGGAAAGAAAAUGAUAUGGACUUCUUCACCUCUUUAACCAAUUGUAGCAAUCUGCUAACACUUCAGAUUCAACAAAAUAACUUCGGAGGAAAUUUUCCCAAUUCUGUAGGAAACCUUACAGAUAAACUUGAAGUUCUGUGCCUUGCAAAUAGUCGAAUUUUAGGAAACAUUUCACCCAGCAUCGGAAAUCUUAUGAACUUAAAAGCACUGUAUUUAGGUCACAAUCGGCUCACUGGGACCAUUCCUACAACUAUUGGUAAACUUCGCAAUUUGGGAUCACUAUAUUUGGCCGGUAAUGAAUUAUCUGGGGAAAUCCCUUCCUCCCUUGGAAAUCUCACGUUAUUAAAUACGCUUCAACUAGAAGAUAACAAUCUACAGGGAAACAUUCCUUCGAGUCUUGAAAACUGCAAAAACUUGCAAUUACUACACCUCCAUGGUAAUUCCCUGAAUGGCACCAUUCCUCCAAAUGUAAUUGGGUUGUCCUCUUUAUCAUUGUCUUUAACACUCUCUAGAAAUCGUCUCACUGGAUCUUUACCAUCCGAAGUUGGUAACUUGAAAAAUCUUGCUGAGUUGGGAGUUUCUCACAAUCAGUUGACCGGUGAUAUUCCUAGUACACUUGCUGAGUGCACAAGCUUAAGAUGGCUUUCUAUGGAUCACAAUAUGUUUGAAGGAACCAUUGAAUCUCUGAGUUCCUUAAAAGCUAUUGAAGAAUUGGAUCUUUCACACAAUAACAUUUCUGGGCAUAUACCAGAAGACUUUGGCAAAUUUGUCUUUUUAUCAAAGUUAGAUCUAUCUUUUAAUGAUCUUGAGGGUGAAGUACCAAGUGGAGGUGUUUUUAGUAAUGCCAGUGCUAAUAUUUCACUUGCUGGUAAUGAUAAGCUUUGUGGGGGCAUAGCUAAUUUACACUUGGCACAAUGCUCUAAGAAAUCUCCAAGGAAGCAAAACUUGUCCUCCACCCGAAAGCUGAUAAUCUCCAUUGUCUGUAGCCUUCUUGGAGUAUGUUUGAUGUCAGUUUUUCUGAUCAUUUGUUGCUUUAGGAAGAAAAGAAAGCAGCAAUCUUUAGAAUCUUUGUCGGGGAAUGUUCCAUUCUUGAAUAUUUCUUAUGCGGAGCUUUUGAAAGCAACUAAUGGGUUUUGUCCAGAAAACCUGAUUGGUUUCGGUGGCUUUGGCUCGGUAUAUAAAGGGAUUCUUGAACCACAUCAAUUGCCCAUAGCAGCGAAGGUCUUUGACCUUGAAAGGAGAGGAGCUUCCAAGAGUUUUAUGGCAGAAUGUGAAACUCUAAGGAAUGUCAGGCAUCGUAAUCUUGUGAAAAUCAUUACUUCUUGCUCAAGUGUCGACUUCCAAGGUAAUGAUUUCAAAGCCCUCAUCUAUGAAUUGAUGCCAAAUGGAAGCUUAGAAGAUUGGUUGCAUCCACCUCUACAAAUGGGGGAAAACCAGAGGAAAAGUUUACCUUUGACUCAACGGUUGAACAUAGUCAUUGAUGUGGCAUCGGCAUUGGAUUAUCUUCAUAACCACAGUGGACAGCCGAUUAUACAUUGUGACCUAAAGCCAAGCAACGUUCUACUUGAUCAAGACAUGACUGCCCACGUGGGUGACUUUGGGUUGUCAAGGAUUAUUGCAGAAAACAAUGUUCAGAUAUCCCAAAAUCAAACAAGCUCUGUUGGAAUAAGGGGAACAAUUGGAUAUGCAGCUCCAGAAUAUGGCAUGGGAACCAAAGUGUCAAUCCAAGGAGAUGUGUAUAGCUUUGGAAUUCUUUUGUUGGAAAUCUUCACAGGAAAAAAACCCACAAAUGAAAAUCUUGAAGGCCUUAGUCUUCAUCAAUUUGUCAAAAUAACAUUGCCAGAAAGAGCGAUGGAGAUAGUUUAUCAAAGUCUCCCGAAAGAAGGACAAGCGGAAGCAUCUCGCAGAGACAUAAUGGUGCAACCAAGAAGCGGCAGAGUAUAUGAAUGCUUAAUGUCUAUAUUGACGACUGGUUUGAAGUGUUCAGAGGAAUUACCAGGAAACAGGAUGAAGAUUAAUUAUGCCCUCAAGGACUUGCAAAAAAUAAAAAACAUGCUUCUCAAAGAUACUAGGAACAACAGUGGAGCCCGAAUUUUAAAUGUUGAAGAGGGUUGUUAAAUGUCCUGCAAACACUUGUGUUACGCAUAAAUUAGCUAGCAGUAAUGUUUAGAAGUCCAAUUGUGUGUUGAGUAGUUUCUGUUUUAGCCUUGGUUUUGUUUUCCACAAGACUUAUGUUCGUGCUCAACUAUUAAAAUAGUAUGACUA